AUGCAACUUCUCUCGGCUGAACGGAUUACCAUUGCAAUGAUGGCCCUUGCGAUUAUUCUACAGUUCCUCAUUUAUACGUCCUUUGGGCGCCACCCAGAAGGAGUAAAGGUUGGAAAGCCACUUUCACCGUUUCUCGCUGAACAGCAUUUCCGGGAUGAAAUUCGCCGUCUGUUUUCACCUACGCGUCUCUCGAUGACACAAAAGUCGUUCUCUGGUGCUCUUGGGUACCGAUUAGAUAUGAGAGAUGAACCAACGUGGAAAACGCAUCUUGGCCACGACCUACUGAUUAUAGAUAUGGAUACUAGGACCCCAGAUAUUUUUAAGAACCGUUCACAUCCAAAGGCAAUGAAUUGGGAGACAUUAAGCUCGACACAGGCCGGAGGAAUCAUCAGCGCUGCUGUCAUGAAUCACUUUCUCUACGAUAAGUAUAUUAAUGCACGAGAGAUACCAGACCACGACUCCAGCUGGAUCCGGCCGCACGUAUUGCACUCCCUUUUGCCACACUACAAAAUCAUUGUGGCCAUGGACACCGAUACAACGUUUCAACAUCUUAAUCUCCCCCUUGAGUGGCUGUUCAACCGAUGGGGAUUUGUCCAAAAUCAUACGUCGAUUGCUAUGCCAGUAGACACUAUGGAAGUUAAGAACGGCGACAAGGAUGCCAGUAAAGACAGUCGGGGGCAAGUUGUUCUCAAUGCCGGCUUCAUCGUGGUGCAGAGAGGUGAGCACACGAUGGCGAUGCUAGACGCCUGGAAAAGCUGCACAGACGGGAAGACGUACCAGGAUUGUGGACAUUGGAAGAAAAAUUGGAGUCACGAACAGAGAGCUUUCUCGGAGUACAUUCGUUACGACUUCAACUCCGAUAACAGAAUUGUGAGCAUUCCUUGCGACGAUGCUAUGGGCUAUCCUGAGAUCACCGACAAAGAGUGGAUAAAUGGAGGACUAAGUCUAGUGCUACGAAUUCAAUAA